AUGUCUAAUUCUAGUUUGCCCUCAUAUCACGUCCGCAGCAAGCUCUAUAUCUCACACUUCCUCUCAACAUGGAAUUCUCGGUUGUUUGAAUUUGGUGCUGUCCUGUUUAUCUCUACCAUAUUUCCCGGUACCUUGUUCCCUGCCUCUAUCUAUGCCUUGACUCGCUCUGCCUCUGUCGUCGUCUUUUCGACCUUUAUCGGUCAUCUGGUUGAUCGUUCUGAACGCAUGCAUCUCAUUCGUCUGUCAAUCAUCGGACAAAGGGCGGCAACCGCAGCAUCAUGCAUCUUGCUGUGGCUCUUACUAAACUCUGGCUAUACCUCACUUGACUCAUGGUCUGCGAAACUCGCAUUGGUAUUCCUGUCCUUUCUUGCUUGUAUGGAGAAGCUCUCUUCUGUCGUCAACACCAUUUCAAUUGAACGGGACUGGGUGGUUGUCAUCUCCCAGAAGAACACAGAUGACCUGCAAGAGCUCAACUCCCAGAUGCGCCGGAUCGACCUUUUCUGCAAACUCAUCGGUCCCCUGUGCAUCGCAUUGAUCGCUGGCGUUUCCACUAACGUAGCCAUUCUCGUUACCUUUGGCAUGACGGCUGUGUCUGUCUUCGUCGAAUACUAUGCCAUCGCAAGAGUGUACUACGAAGUAGAGGAUCUGCAGCUGCGCUCUGAGCCCUUUCAAGACUCGCAGCCGAUCGACGGCCCAGUCGCCUCUCCAGCUGUCGGCAGCCAUGCUCGUCAAUCAUUUCGAAGUUGCAUCUCAUACAUCCAGCAUCCGGCUUUUCUCCCGUCCUUCUCAUUGUCUCUGCUGUAUCUUACGGUCUUGACUUUUGGUGGCCAGAUGGUCACGUACCUCCUCUCCGUGGGCUUCAAUUCCAUCUCUAUUGGUCUUUUGCGUACUUUAUCCACCAUAUUUGAGCUCUCGUCGACAUGGCUUGCACCCAAGGCCAUGCACAAAAUUGGAGCCAUCAGAUGUGGAAUAUGGUUUCUCAACUGGCAAAUUAUUUGGGUUGUCAUUGCAGUCACUAUGCUUUGGAUUGAGGUGCCUCAAAAGUAUGCCGUCUUGGGUUUGCUUGCCGGUACUAUUGCGAGCCGAGUCGGAUUGUGGGGCUUUGAUCUGUCUGCACAGGUCAUCGUUCAAGAGGCUGUCGAAUCUGACCAGCGAGGCUCUUUUUCUGCGAUGGAAGCAUCCGUACAGAACACAUUCGAGCUAUUAUCCUUCGCAUCCACCACCAUCUUUGCUCGACCUGACCAGUUCAAGAUCCCCGCCGCUAUCAGUGCUGCAGCUGUUGUGCUAGCUGGGCUGAUGUAUGCUUUCUUCGUCCGCCAGCGAAGGGGCCAUCUGUUCCAUGCUUCAAAGUGCAUGCAGCGAAAAGGUCGACCUACGUGGCAGCCUCUUGCCCAAGACGAGGAAGUUGAGUUGAGUUAA